AUAUAAAUAUUAUGUCCGCUAAAAACGAGGAGGUUGAUUGUAAAAACACUUUAUAUUUUAACGCAGUUAAAUAAUUAACUUAUUACUCUAACAAUUAUAGUUUCCUCAAGAUAAGCGUUGUAAAAAAUUGUAGUUGACUAAGAACAAAAAUAUCGCAAAGAAUAUUGUGUGAUGUAUAAGUGUUGAUUCAUUUUAUUUGUUAAAAUGAUACAAUUAUUUGGCCUGAUCCUUUGUGUUUGUAUAUUUAAUCAAGGAGAAUCAUAUGUUAUUCAAGUUAAUAAAUUGACACCUCCACCUAAUAGUAUAAUCCAAAUCACAGGAAGUCAAGAAUUGAUGAGUACAAAAUUUGAUACUAUUGUUACCAACUAUACAAUUAAUAUCGGUAAAGAUAUUACUAAAGACAAUGACAUGCCUAUAUCGUUUGAAUAUUACAGUAAUGUCGAUUCAUAUCCAGAUUUAGUGGCUGAAGGAACCACUACUAUAUGUAGCGCGGAUCGUGAUGACUUUGAUGGUACUGUGGCUACAGUAUUAUCUCAAUCACUUGGUAUUGCUAAUGAUCCUCCAUGUCCGAUAAAGGCGGGUUCAUACAGUCAGGAAAGUUUAUUUGCUGUAGAUCAAGGUGAAUUCGGAAAUCUUUUUGAUGAUUUAUAUCGAACUUCAGUAAAAUUAAAUAUUAAGUCCGAUUUCAAUGUACAAAUGGAAAUCUCAAAAUGAGAUUUAAUAUCAGGGUCAUUGAAAAUGUAUUGAUUGUGAAGAAAUAAUGUUGAUUGUAAUUAAUAAGUUGAUUGAAAAUUAUGAAUUCAAAGUUCGCUUUUUGUUUUUAGUUUACUGUCAUAAUUUAUAUUCAUUCGUUUGUUUUUUUUUUAUUUGGAGCUAUAAUAAUAAUUACUUUUGAAGUUUAUGUGAAAAUAGUUGUCAAUAGUUCAAAUAAACAUAGAGAUCGAUUGUAAUUAAUUAGACAAUUAUUAUAUAAAAUGAAUAAAAAAACAAUUUCAAAAGAA